AUGGUUUACUCAUGGUAUCGAUUCGUUUGGGGAACAGUAGUCGGGAUUUUGAUACUGACCGGCGACAUAAGUUGUACAGAUGAUUCAUCAGCAGAAGAUAUGUUCACUGAGAGUAAACGCUUUCUGUUGGCUCUUCCAACACCUAAGAGAUUAAGUUCACCUACGAAUUCAUUCAAUCGCUAUCGACGCCCUAUGAAUGACUAUUGGCGUGAACCAUAUAGUGAUUAUUGGAAUCCAGACACUGAUGAAUUUUAUAGAGAAGAUAAACGAUUUCUAUUGGGUUUACCAUCAAAAUCUGUGGAUAAACGUUUCCUCCUGGGUUUGCCGUCAUCAUACAGACAUCAGAAAAGAUUCUUUCUAGGCCUUCCACCACCACCAAGUAGAUCUGCUUCUUAAUGAAAUAAUACUAACACUCAUGUCAAUUAUGUGCAUACGCAUUGGUGAUACAACAUUUCUGAAGAAGUAUAUAAAUCAUGAUAGACCAUUAUUAUUUUAUGUAAUAUGCAAAAGACCAUAAGUUUAAUUAUAAUAAAAAGAACCAUGGUUAUGAAUAGCCC